AUGAAACCAGGCAUCAACUUUCCGAGUCCGGCACAGGUGGAUAUACUCUUUGAUAUUGUCAACGUCAACCGCGGCCCGCCACAGGUCACCGUGAGCGUGGGUGUGGGCGACAAGAAGCGUGUGCUCAGCGACAGUUUCCGAACGCAUUCGACAAUGACCAAAGGUAUUGAGUCGGCAUAUGAGACGAGCCUGUACAACGGAUGUAAGUACAACGAGCGCGUAUAUACAAUGAAAGGUGGGGAGUUCUCAAACGGCGAGGGUAAAUUGUAG